AUUUAUCAAUUAGUCAACCAAGUCAUACAGCAAAUCAACCUAACAUUGUUUCCCAUCCAAGUUCCACAACUCCUCCAUCUAUCCAACAACCAAGUUCCACAUCUUCACCUAAUGCUGCUGUGAAAAAUGAUCCCGCGAAUCCUACGAGUAGUGUAACACCUACCACAAAGGGUCAUUUUAAUCCGACUGCAAGUGUUACAUUGCCUUUGGAAACAAACACCAAGACAGCUGACCGUCCAAUGUCCACUGAUUAUCCCUCUAAGAUUUUAACCUCAGAUUCAUCUUCAGACGUUCCACCUCUUCCAUGGGAAUCGGUUGUCAAAGAUACAAACAUUCCCGCUGCCAUAGAAAUUCAAAUUAAAAAUUCUGUCGCAGAUUCACUUGGAAUCUCUUCUGAUGAUGUAAAAAUUCUGAGCAUAGAACGUUGUGACAAUGGUGGUGUUAAGGUCAAUUUUGCAAUUCCCACGGAUUCUGUUGAUGAUUUAUCAACUAUUGUAAACGAUAAGAGUAGCAGUUUUUAUCAAAACUCUCAAAUAUCUAGCUUAGUAGACGCUGUAGCGGUUAAUGAUGAUAGUGAUAAAAAAAAGGAUGAAAAGACUGUACCAGCAGGAACAUCACAAAACACAAUAUUAGUUAUGGGAGCAGUUCUUGGAUCUGCAUUUUUAUACACAGCAGCAACAGUACUAGCAGUUCGAGCUUAUAGAAAGCGUAAAGCUCGUUCUGAAGCCGAUAUGAUGGAUGGAAGAA